UUUAAUUAAAAGAAGGAGUGGGGCAGGGCCGAGCCAGAAGAGCACUGUUGCUCUUAGCGGGGGGAGCCAGAGGAGUUAAAGUUAAACCUUGAUUGCCUGGGUCUAGGAGAAUUCAGCAUGGAAUGUCUCUACUAUUUCCUGGGAUUUCUGCUUCUGGCUGCAAGAUUGCCACUUGAUGCUGCCAAACGAUUUCAUGAUGUGCUGAGCAAUGAAAGAACUUCUGAUUAUAUGAGGGAGCACAACCAACUGGCUGGUUGGUCUUCAGAUGAAAAUGAAUGGAAUGAAAAACUGUAUCCAGUGUGGAAGAAGGAAGACCCAAGGUGGAAAAACUCCUGGAAAGGAGGCCAUGUGCAGGCGAUUCUGACCAGUGAUUCACCAGCACUUGUGGGCUCAACUAUCACGUUUGUAGUAGACCUGGUAUUCCCCAGAUGCCAAGAGGAAGAUGUCAGUGGCAACAUAGUCUAUGAGAAGAACUGCAGAAAUGAUACUGGCCCAUCUCCUGACCUGUAUGUUUACAGCUGGACCGAGGAAGAUGGCUGGGGAAAUGGCCCCAACCAACACCAUCACCACGUGUACCCUGACGGAAAGCCUUUCCCUCACCACCCUGGAUGGAAGAGAUGUGAUUUUGUCUACGUCUUUCACACACUUGGUCAGUAUUUGCAGAAAUUAGGACGGGGUUCAGCAAGAGUUUCUAUAAACACAGCCAAUGUGACACUUGGCCCUCAACUCAUGGAAGUAAUUGUUUAUAGAAGACACCGACAUGCAUAUGUCCCCAUCGCAAAAGUGAAAGACGUGUACGUGGUAACAGAUCACGUUCCUGUAUUUGUGACUAUGUAUCAGAAGAAUGAUCGAAAUUUAUCUGAUGAGACCUUCCUCAGGGACCUCCCCAUUAUGUUCAAUGUCCUGAUUCACGACCCUAGUCACUUCCUCAAUGAGUCGGCCAUUUACUACAAGUGGAACUUCGGGGAUAAUACUGGUCUGUUUGUUUCCAACAACCCAACUUUGAAUCACACAUACGUGCUCAACGGAACCUUCAGCCUUAACCUCACUGUACAAGCUGCAGUACCUGGACCUUGUCCUUCGCCUGCACCCAAACCUCCAACACCCACGUCUCCUUUAUCGUCAGCCGGUGACAGCCCCCUGGAGCUGAGGAAGACUCCCGAUGAAACCUGCCACAUUAACAGAUACGGUUACUUUAGAGCCACCCUCACGAUUGUAGACGGAAUUCUGGAGGUCAACAUCAUCCAGAUGACAGACGUUCUGAUGCCCGCACCACAGCCUGACAACUUGCUGAUGGAUUUUGUCGUGACCUGCCAAGGGAUCAUGCCCACAGAGGUCUGUACCGUAGUUUCUGACCCUAGCUGCCAGAUCACCUACAACACGGUCUGCGACCCUGUCGAUGUGAACACAGGGGAUUCGUGCUUCCUGACUGUGAGGAGAGCCUUCAGGGGGUCUGGGACAUACUGUCUGAACCUCACUCUGGGCGAUGAUACAAGCCUGGCCCUCACGAGCACCCUUGUCCCUGUCCCUGCAAGAGACCCAGCUUCCCCUUCAAGCAUGGCAAAUGGUGCCCUGGUCUCCGUUGGCUGCUUAGCCAUAUUUGUCACUGUGAUCACCCUUUUAGUAUACAAAAAACACAAGGAAUACAAAUACCUGAUAGGAAACGGUACUGGGAUUGUGGUCAAAGGCAAAGGCCUGAAUGUCUUCCUCAACCACGCAAAGGCCAUGUUCUGCCCUGGAAACCAGGAAAAAGAUCCAUUGCUCAAGCACCAACCGGAAACUGUUUAAAUCUUCAGCUUUAUUUCUGACCAACAGCUCACUCUUCAGGUGAGCUAUUCCAGAGUUGAUGACUUAACUUCUGUUCCUAAAGAUUAUUGUUAAAAUAUAUACUGGGGCUUAGGGAGGUCCAAAGGGUUUUUUUACGGGCUAAAUGAUAUCUUAGAGAAGUAAAGAAGAAUUGCACUGUGCGCAGCCUCAGCUGUGUUAUAGAACUGAUAAAAACAGUUAGAACUGCUUUCUUUCAUUAUGAUUUAUGUUUCACUUAUAAUGUCUUAGGUGGUCAGUGGGAUAGACACACUAUGUCCAAAGAGUAGGGGGAGAAGGUACUAUUCAUUGGAGUCUGGCCUCAGUUCACUGGAAGGAGAGGCUGGACGCUGUCUAGCUAUCCAUGUUCCAAGCUAACUGAAUGCUACUUCGGUGAACAUGCAUGAGUUCCUAGCAAAAAAGUAACGGGCCAAACACUUAGUGUGAUGUGCAUGCUUCUUACACUAAAAAAAAAAAAAAAA